AUGACGAGUGAACUACAGCAGCAGCAACAACAACAGAAUAGCGACGAUGGAAUCAAUGCAGCAUUAGCGCCUCUCUUUUCGACUUUUUCACUUCCCCAAUUGGAAUCCGUCUUGUACGCAUUUCUGCCAUCGCGAAUCGAGCGACACGUACCGAAAACCGGGAUAUAUGCAGUUGAUACGUUCGUUGUCACCGCAACCGUGACAUUCAUUCUGGUGGCUGCCAAAAUAGCCUUGUUGCUGGCCAACACGGUGCUAAAAAAAAGUCAACGACGACACGAUUCAGAGUUAGAAACCAAGGGUGACAUUGCUAUUGUCAUAGAACCCAUGACUUCACAAGAUGAAUACCACACGAGUAAGUUGCUGUUCUCCUCUACCUCCUCCUCCUCCUCCUCUCAACAAGACAAGUCCAACAACAGCGACACUGUGCAUCUAAAUAACACUCUCGGCCUGCUCCAUGCACACUAUAACUCUCCUAUUCCUCCUCACGACGCCAUGACAGCACCCAAUGUCUUCCAUCAAGCCUUGUCCCACCUCGUUUCAAGAGGGGUCCAGUCAAAAGGGCACGGAUAUUAUACCAUGAAACCCAAUCUUGCGGUAGACCAUUCUCCCUUGGAACCUCCUGCCUUUAACAUUGUCCCACAAACUGGCCAAGCCUAUUCUGUAAAGCACGAAGAGUGCACUUUAUAUAUCACUUUUCAGACACCCACUCCUCCACCAAUAACUGGCAUUGUGAGCGACAAGCAGUCUGCAGCUAAUAGCGGCGAGCCUUCCAUACGGAUUUCCAUGAUCGGCUGCAGGAAGCAUGGCGCAACAGUAUCCAGCUUGGCCACGUUCCUCAACAAAGUUGCACAUGAUUACCUCGUCCACAUGGAUUCACUACGCAAACAAACCCGAUCGCGUUAUGAUUAUUCAGCUUCUGGUCAAUGGCUGAGAAUAUGUUCGCUGUACGAAAACCAAGGACUUCAAACAGUUGCACUCUGUCCCAAAAGUGAAGCGUUAAUCGCCAAAGAUCUUGAAACAUUUGUACAAAACAAGGGCUUUUACAAACGAAUAGGCGCACCGUAUGUUCGUGGCUAUCUCCUCCAUGGCAAACCUGGCACUGGAAAGACUUCGCUGAUUUUUGCUAUUGCAUCGUUCUUGAAGCGCCACCUGUAUUUUAUGAAUCUUAGCUAUAUUGACUCGGACUCAGAAUUAUCUAAAGCAUUUGCUAGCGUACCUGCCAAUAGCAUUGUGGUUUUUGAGGAUAUUGAUACGAUGACUACGACAUUGCAUAGACGAACUGGUGUGGAACGCGCUAUGCAUGCCAUCGGGUCCGAGAAACAAGACAACAACAACAAUAACAAACGACAGCAUCGAUUUAAUUUGAGCACGUUUUUAUCGAUUCUGGAUGGUCAUACUCUAGAAGAAGGAAUCAUCUUUAUCAUGACCAGUAAUCAUCCCAAAGUUCUCGAUCCAGCAAUUAUUCGUCCUGGUCGUAUGGAUGUACAUUUGGACUUGACGUUUGCGACACAUUAUCAAAUGCGGCGGAUGUAUCGGAUGGUUUUGGAAGAGGGCGAUCCAAGUACAUUGGAUGAUGUUUAUUCACAGUUGGAACAGGAUAUUCCAGAGUUUGUUAUCCCGCCAAGCGAAAUUAUGCAGAUUAUGGUCCUAUGUCGCGAGCAUGUCAAAGACAUUCCUGCCAAAUUACGACGUUUGACUGAAAAAUACCAAGAAGACCGAGGCUCCGAUAAUGCAUCACCAUUUUCUGUUUCUAGCAGUACAUCGCAGCAACAACAACAGCAGGAAGAAGUGCUGGAUUGA